AUGGGUCUCUCGGGUCACUGUCUCUGCGGCGCCGUAAAGUACACCGUCGAUGCGGAUCCCCUCAUCGUCGGGUACGACCACUGCGACGACUGCCAAAGACAGACGGGCUCUACCUACUCACUCGUGGUAGUUGUCCCUAAGGACAAGCUAACCAUUAACGGCACAACCAAGAGCUACGCAAAGGCGGGCUCGUCUGGCAAGCCUGUGCACCGUAUCUUCUGCCCCGAGUGCGGGUCUCCUAUCGCGCACGACCCGGAGGCGGCACCCCCAAUCAUCGCUCUCAAGGGCGGCACUCUUAGCGAUGCGGAUAAGAAGGCAUUGAAACCUGACACCGAGAUCUGGACCGUCGGCAAGCUGCCCUUCUGCGCGGAACACCUUGCUAAGCCGUUCGAGCACAUGCCCCAGUAA